AUGUGUCUUUUUGUCGGCACCUACUACUAUACGUGCAGACACACAUAUUUCGAACUAUACCUCUUCUGCGACGAGCUCCUGCGACAACUGAAUCGCAUCAACGACAAGGCUGAACAUGAGAAAUCCCUUCUACCCUUCGACGCUGAUUACCCAGGAUGUAAUCCAUACACCACCCUGACAGGGGCGAUCCUGCAGCUGGAUCCUGAUGGGCGUCCUUAUGAAGGACAGGAUCAGAGUAACGUGGUCAGGUGGGUGAUGGAUAUGUUGGGGUACUGCCCUGCGUGUAGUGGGGAGUGA